AUGCUGUACGUGUGGACGCCGAACGAAGAAACGGCCCGGAGAACGGUGCCGCCCACCCACUAUGUCCUCUGCGAAGGCGUUGCUCGUUUUCUGCUGAACGACAACGGGCCGGAGCAGCUGGUGUGCAGACCCCGCGACGAGGUGAAUGGCCAGAACCGGGGUGAGCACACGGCCGGCUCCUGUCAGGGAUUCGGGUUCGCGCCCGAUGUGCGCCAGUUUGCCGUGCGCGACGGCCUACAGAAUGGCUUCUUGCACGUCAUCUGGGACCCGCUGCCUGACGACGGCAGCGUGAGCGGGCAGGAGCCGAAGCGCCUGUGGCGCCGGCUGGGAGAUGCCUUCAUCUGGCGCGUGCGAGGCAACCUCUACGUCGGCUGCGAGAUACCUGCAGACUUGAUCGGCCAGCACAGGAGGCGCACUGUGCGCAACCUCAUGUGGGAGUUUAAUGGCGAAGAAAUACAGAUCCGACAGCGGGAGCGUGCGGAGCAGCUGAGGAACAUCUCGCCCAUAAUGAUGGAUGAAAGUGAUGAGCUGUACAAGGACAUUGUCAAAGACUUGGAGAAGCUACUCGACGAGGACGAGAUCGAAGAAGAACAGGACCUGCUCUCCGAGGAGAAGACCGAAGAAGAGCACGACGUGCUCUCCGAGGAGGAGAUCGAAGAAGAGCAGGACAUGCUCUCCGAGGAGGAGACCGAAGAAGAACAGGUGCUUCCCGAGGAGAUCGAAGAAGAACAGGAGGCGCCGCUCAGGGAGGAGGUUCCUGAGACGCCGCUGACCCCGGCCGGCUCGCCGGGUCUGGCCUGCGCGCAGGUGCUGAGCCAGGAGAGGCGGGUGCGCCGGCCGCCCCAGCAGGACGACGAGGGUCAGCUGGUGUCCGAGGUACGCCGCCCCUGA